AUGAUCCUUGGAACUCGAGUCUUCGCCAUCUACAACAAAAGCCGGAUUAUUGGCGCCCUCCUCGCCUUCAUCAUCGUUGGAGAGCUGGUGGUCGGCGGCAUAUCCGUGAGCACAACGCACCCUCCUCCCCCGUCCACUGCGCCAGCAGGCCAGAGGCCGCCCUGCGGAGCAGUCAUGGGUCCACAAUCAUGGUUACUCACUUUCUGGUCUAUUCCCCUCUUCUACGAUGCUCUCACGUUCCUGUUGACAGCAUACAAAGCCUACGAAUACUGGAGGCGAGAGGUGAACACGGCGCUGUUUGAUAUCAUCUGGCGAGAUGGGGUGCUCUACUUCUUCGCCAUCUUCUCCAUGAACCUUGUGAAUAUCGGUAUUCUCACUAGCGCACCCCAGGGGUUGAGAGCUGUGAAUUUGACCCCAACACUAGUAUUCGAAGUCGUACUCUCUUGCCGACUCCUCCUCAACCUUCGAGGCGCGGGUGGGAGCCAGUCCACCACCGGAUCAGGGUUCGGAUCAAAAGGCAUACAGUAUAACUACAAGCCAGGCGGUACGACUAGCAACGACAGUGCCACUCAAAUCGGUCACUGGAGCAAGUCGCGUGAUCGGAAAGUCCUGCCGCAGGAUAAUACAGAUAUCGUGGACAUAUCACCACUACCAUCCUCACCCCAUUCCCAUCCAUAUGCCGUCUCGGAGUCACCGCACCUGUCGCAUUCUCCGUUGCCACACUCACUCUCCCACAAAACGUCGGUGGACCCUGGAGUGCCCUCGGCCACUUCGCAGACGAAGCUGAACUCUGUCCCUUCUCUGUCCAAGCUGGACUCUGCGAACAAGUUGGAGCCAAACCGGUAUAGACCUGCGGUGAAUGAGGGUUUGGGCCGGGGUGGGGACUUCUUAGAUUUGGGCGCGAGGUCUGGGAGUCCGUGGCAGGCUGUUUCGCCUGUUUGA